AUGUUUGGCAUAACGGCCUCUCUUUCAGGACCAGCCAUGAUGCACAACACGACUACGACACCACUACAAUUGCUCUGUCGUCUACCUUGGGUCUUUCUAUUCAGCUGGACCAACCUUUUCAUAUUUAAUCUCUCCAACCAGCGUCUUCCCGCUUCCGUACAAGAAGACAAGCUCAACAAACCAUGGAGGCCUAUACCCAGCGGCCAAAUGACAUCGACGCAAGCUCGCCGAGUCAUGCUACUCACCAUUCCGGUCGUUCUCGCAUUCAAUCACUAUGUUCUGCACGUUGGUGUUGAAUGUGCUCUGCUUUUUGUCUUAAAUUGGCUGUACAACGAUCUAGAAGGCGGUGACGACCACUGGACUUCGCGUAAUAUCAUUCUUGCUGCUGCAUUCUGGUUGUACAACGUUGGAACUUCCAGGGUAGCAGCAACAGAUUUAGGCUCGCCGGCUACCUCACUCAGUGCUGCUGGCACAGUCUGGACAUCGGUGAUCAGCCUGGUAAUAUUGACCACCAUGCAAGUCCAAGAUAUUAAAGAUCAAGACGGCGACAGGCUGAAGGGGCGCAGAACCGCGCCUAUUGUCCUGGGCGAUUCCCCCACACGCUGGACAGUGGCUGUACCUGUCAUCUUUUGGUCUUUCUUCUGUCGGUACUAUUGGUCUAUGGGUGUAUUCGGAUGGAUGACGGUCAGCUUUGGUCUUUUGGUGGCGUGGAGGUGCUUGUAUUUGAGAGACAAAAGCUCUGAUGAGAAAACAUGGAAGUUGUGGGCAUUGUGGACCAUAUUCUUGUCUUCUGCGCCGUUUGUACACUCGCUUGGGCUCUACUUCCCAGUUGUCGUUGGCACAAACACGGACGAGUCCGCAGAAGAAUGA